GUCCAUCUCAACGUGACAGCGGAUCUCCAUCCACCCGACCCAGCACCCACUGACCCAUCCACGCAUCCAUCCAUCCAUCCAUCCCGAGCAAGGUGCACCAGAGCGGGUUAGUGUGACUGAGGAUGCUGGCGUGUACAGAGAUGAUCACUAUGUGUCUGCAGUCAGCCAAGCGGCAACACCUCAGCAAACAGCAGCAGCAACUGCAGUGUGAUCACAAUCACAACCACAACCGCACCGCAUCCCUUUUCCACGAUAUAUUUCGCCGGGCGGACAAAAAUGAUGAUGGGAAGCUGUCCUUGGAGGAGUUCCAGUCAUACUUCAGUGACGGGGUCCUUACAGACGAGCAGAUGCAGGAGCUUUAUCGCUCCAUCGACAGGCAGAACGCAGACAACAUGGACAUUGACAAACUCUCAGAGUACUUCAGUCCACAUGUGGGGGAGUAUGUCAACGUGCUGUCUGCGCUUGAGAAGCUAAAUGUGGCCAUUUUAAAGGCAAUGGAUAAAACUAAGGAGGAGUAUCAGGGCUCCUCUGUGCUGGGUCAGUUUGUGACACGCUUCCUGCUCAGGGAGACCUCCACCCAGCUGCAAUCCCUGCAGUCGUCACUAGAUUGCGCUAUGGAUGCUGUCCAUGACCAAGGCUGCAUAGGCAGGCGGUCAGUGAAGAAGCCAGAAGACCUGCCUAUGCAGAGGGUGACCAAGCGUCCCGGCCGACGCAUCCAGAAAAACAUGUGUCUCUCCCCUACGGACCCGUACUCUGGCAUGCUGACCACAGGGGUCAGCGUGGAGUCCGAUUACCACUGGGGCUCCCAGGUCGACCAACUGGAGCAGCUCAUAGACAAGCUGGAGUGUGAGAGUCCACAACUUGAACCUCUCAAAGAAGACACAUUGGCAGGGACGUAUAAAUCGAACAUUCUCCUGGUCCAAAGACAAAUGUCAGUGAAGGAGUGUGAUGUGGAACGGUUCCAGCAUGCUCUGAAGAUCUACACAGAGGCCAGCAUCGGACAGCAAAAUAACCUGCACAUUUCAAUCCAGAACCUGCCUGACAGAUCAUGCUUCAUCAUGUACGAAUUUUGGCAGGAUCGUCUCUCCUGGAUGAGUUUCCUGCAGUCGUCCAUCAGUAAGACAUUCCAGCGCUGCAUUAUAGACUCGCUGGAGGAGCAAGAGAUGGUCUCCACCAUGCUCCUCCCAGCUUCCUGGUGGAUUAUGAACAACAAUUGACAGUGAAAUGCUUCUUCAGAUCAGCUUGAAUGAAAAAAGGACAGUAUUGUGGUUGUCUGUUGUUGCUCUCUUCUGUAAAUUCUGAUUUUCCUUAAGGCACGACUGCCAGACGAGAUGUGCGUCAAGGAACAAAAAAUAAAGCAUAAGAGUUGAAUAGAAUGUAAUGCAAUAUUUUAUGGAGUGGUCAGUAUCUGUGCUAAGGUUGAUGUGGCACUUUUCUUACUGAAAUUGACAGAGGAAAAAAACUGCAUGUUUUCUUAUACCUAUUGUUCUCAUCUUACAUUUUAAAUAGAUAAAAUGAAAAUGCAGGAAAAGCAGACCAUUUGUCACUUUUUUUUCCAAUGCAGACAACAACAACAAAGAGUAAAUAACAUGUUAGCUUAAUUUUCUUUUUGUCCUGCUUGUGAUGUUGUGCGCUUUCAUCUCCUUAACUAGCUCUCAUCUUUCUGCCUCUGGAUGAAAACCUUCUCUUGUCUAGACUCAAUAAUAAAUAUAUAUAUAUGGUCCACCUAAAAUGAUGUGUCACUCUUGCACUUUAGUAAACCUGGAUCUACCUAUAACUGUUCAAAAAUGAACAUUUAUUGUCGAUUGUAAAUGUAUUUUCAACAAGAGUUUCACUUAAAAUACAAUAUCAACAGCAUAACCAAAUUCCGCGAACGUCAAAUAUCAGUAUUUUACAUUUGCAGUGUGUAACCAUGCAGACAGGAGACACACAGACACACACAAAAGUUGUUUAUAUUUUUGAAACAGGAAGUUUUCUGUGUGAUGACGCUAGAGAACAAAAGUCUAUCGUGUAGAGUCAUCAGAUGUAAGUAGUAUACUUGAAGAUACAGUAAGUCCAUGUACAGUGUGAUGGUUACUCAUUAAAUGUGACAAGCAAGCAUCCUCACGGUCCAUGCAUGAUGUUCUGUCAUAGAAAGGCAAGUAACGCAUGGACCGUUUGUUCACUCAUGUCUCCCACCCGACCCCCACCCGCCCUUUAGCAAUAAUGUGAACGUGCAAUGUGUUAUGUGUUAUAUAUAUUU